AUGGUGCGGGAUAUACUUAAUAGUUCUUAUGAAGAAUUGGAAAAAAAAAAAACCUAUAAAAUUUUGGUAUGGAAAAGAAAAAAAGAAAGCCAACCCGGGAUACGAAAAGGAAAAAACGCAAAUCUCCCUUACGGCGUGGCGAGGAAAGACAAGGUAUUAAGUAGUGAAAAAUAUAAUAUAGAGAGUAUUAGCUCAGUUGGGAGAGCGUCUGCCUUACAAGCAGAGGAAGUUAGUUUUAUGAAAUUUUAUAAAGCCGUCUUGGAAAAUAAAGAAGGGAAGUUUACCUGCUCGUUCGGUGAAAAAUAUUUACAAGAUUACUCCAAGGAUAAGCCGAUUUGUUUUUUAAAAUGCAAAAAGACUAAUUUCGGUUUUUCCUGCCAAGGAAUAGAAUUUUUAGAGAACAACGAACCACUUACUUCCUGGGAAGAGACUUCACGCACCGAAAGCAAAGCGAUUAAGGAAGAAUCAAAACAAGAAAUUCAGGAAAAGUUAAAAAUAGUUAAGGAAUUAAGAAAGGAUUCCGAUAAAUUUCAGAAAGUCAGAGAACAAUUUUUUGAGUUAGCUGAAAAACCUGAUUUCUAUAAAAAAGCUCCUUGGUUGACUAUCGCUGAGGAACUUUUUAAUGCUCGAAAAGAAGGAUUGAUCGGUGAAUUAAUAAUUAUAAGUACAACAAGAGGCAAAGACAAUAGAAAAAAAUCCAAAUUUCAAAAAACUUUCGGCAAAUUUCCUCAAUCUUCAUUAUUGAUAAAAGGUAAAGGAAAUCUUUUAGUCAAAGUUAUUACCGGUCAACACCGCGGCAAAAUUGACUAUAUUUCCCGCCUCGACCGCAAAAAUCAAAUAGUAUAUUUAAAAAAAGUUAGUCGGAAAAAAUAUGAUAAAUCCACGGCUGAAAGUAAGGAAAAGAAAGAAUUAAAAGAAAUUAUGGUUCCGCUUUCCCUUUCUAAUGUGGCUUACUGGUUAGAGGAUAAAAAGAAAAUUACCAAAAUUGGUUUUCAAAUAGUUGAUGGAAAAAAACUGCCCGGUAAUAAAGAUUUUAACACCAUAUUGAGAAUGGCUCUCAAUCAUGCUACUAAGGAACUCUCAGGCUACUUUUGGGAAUGUCUGCCAGUAUCAAAAAAGACUAUUAACAGACCCUUUAAUUUUCCUAAUCAGAGGAAGGAUAGUGUCUUAGUUAUUCCUAUUCCUAAACCCGGACCAGACCUUGAUUUUAAAAAUAUUAGCCAAUUUACCAAAAAUGCUCCCGACGAACAGCAACAAGCGUUUUGA